CCGUGCGUAUAUAAGCUGAUGAAGACUGGUCACCGCGCGAUUCGGUCUCUGACUCUCCACCAAUUCGGUCGCGUGCGUUUGCUUCAGCUGCGCUCUUUUCGCUCUCUUUGGCUCGCGUGAAAGUCGUAAAGUUCAGCUAGCUGCUCUCCACGAUACAGAAAAAGAAACGCAUACAAAAAAUUCGCCAGCGAUAGAAAACCGAUUCAAAUUGCAAUUGCAAUGCCUAAAAUGCGUACGUGAGUUUCGCGCAGUGAUUGCUGUGAAAGUUCAAGUGAAAGCGGAAAGAAGAAACAAAGCGAGAAUACUUGCAAAGCAAUAAACCAAAAAGUGCAAAAAUACGUAAAGUUUAAACAAAGCAAACAAGUUAUACAAAACCAUAGCCAUGUUGUGUCCGCCAAUGGCCCUUGGCCCUUUACUCGCUGCCCCCGUGCCACGCCCACCGCCCAGCGCAUCGGAGAAGAAGAGAAUCUGUCGCAACCUAUUCAAUAACGCUCCCGGGGACUCGAAUAUCGAUCAGCUGUUGGCCCAGGAGCAGCACAAGCAGAGAUUAUACGUUAAGGAACGCUACCGAUUCGACAUCCAGCUGGAAUCUAAUCGGGAUGCGGAUGCGAAUACGGACGAGGAUGCUGAUACGGAUGCCCAUCAUCAGGAUCUGCGCGGAAUGCGGUAUCGGACCACAAGGACGAUACCCAGCACCGAUGCCGAUGAGUGCAAUCCAAAGGCAGUCAGCCAAGUACCGAGGGGCAUGGCCCUGACUCCCGCCCAGAUCUCCGCCAGCGCACAGCUGAUCUUACAGAAAUGCCCGGAAAGCGAUCGCAACAAAAGCAACGGCAGUGCGGAUUUGGCCAACAACACGAGACAUGGCCAAAAGCCAUAUGCGAGGCAGCCACAAGGCCUCAAAGGCAUGUACAAUGUUCGCAAGGCCGUGAAUGGUAUUUCGAAAGCCAACGUCAAGAAUGGUUACAACAACACCAAUAACAACAACAACAGCAGCAGCAACAACAACAGCAGCGUGAAUAAUAAUAAUACUAGCGAAUUGGCAGAUCAGAAGCAGUAACUUUGGAUCACGAUGACGAUGACGAAUAGCCCCUGGCGGAGCAAUAAUUGCAAUAUAUGAUAUUAAUUGUAAAUGUAAUUUUAAAUUCUAAAAUAAUUUGUUUAUUUUUUUGUACCCCAGCCAUACACAGAGAGUAUUGUGUAUGGAUUGUACGUUUGUUUUAAACCAAGACUUGACGGUCCCAAAAUGUUGUUGCAUAACAAAUGAUUAAGCGAAUGGAAAAAAAGCCAACCAGAAACAACAACAAAAGCAACCCCAGAAAAGAUCGGCGCGCGUGCACGGCCAAAAACAGGCAAAAAAAAUAUGAUUAAUAAUUAAUAAUAGUAAUAUAUCCGGAUGCAUGGCGAUAUCGGUCUUAUAAUGGAAAUUAUUAAGUUAUGUUUACGUGCUAAUGUUAGACAAGCGAUCGACGGUGCCAUGCAUCCACUAUAUAUAGACUAAACCCCAACCCAAACCAAUUCAAGCGUUCUCAGCGUGUUUUCGGGUCCAGAUGCACGCGUGUGCCAAAAGUAUUUACAAUUUACUUUGUGUCAUGAUCUCAAUUAUUAAAAACAAUUUUAUUAUUUUGUUUAUCUAAAUGUAAUUAUAAUUGAAAUUAUUUAAAAAUUCUUCUUAGCCCACAAGCAAACACACACACACACACCUUCCCCCCUCUCAUUCACACCCCACCCACACACACUUUUACACACACACACACCCACACACACUGUACUCAUAUUUAUUGUAUGUACAUUAUCGAUGUGACAUUUUAAAUUGUAUGUACUGUCUAUGUAUAAAAACUUCGUAUCUAUGGCAAAAUUAUUUCCCCCUUAAGAGACCCCCCAUUUUCGAAAUUCUAUUUUGAACCAAACUGUGUAUAUUGUAAGGAGUAUUAACAAACUCCAAGCAGCUAAAUGAGAAAAACCACAACAACAAAUACUGUGCAUAUUUCCUUAAAAACUUUGUACGAAAGCAAGAUGAAAAAAAAACUAUUCUACUGUAACUCUCAAGCGGAGAGUAGCAGAAAAAAAAACCAAAACAAAAAAAACUCUUAAAAAUACAAAUGUAAAACAAAAAAAAACAUUUAAAAGCUUUUUAUUUGCUUACAUUGGCUGGGUUUCGUUUGUUGUGGAGAGGGGGGAGGGGAGCCUUUUGGGCCGAGAUGGCGUGAUAAUUCUCAAGCGUAAAGAAAAGCGGAGAAAGAUGGAAAGAUUCAUAAAUGGAUGGAAUGAGUCAGCACUAAAGCCUGGAGCUGCGGAUGCAACAGUUUCUCCAUUAGACAAGGGCCGCUCUAUUGUUUCCCGCACAGUGAACCCUCGAUAAUAGGGGAAUUUUCGUAGGAGAAGUGGCGCCUAAUGUUGCCCAAGAUGGCAUGAUGACUCCGCAUUUAUAAAAUUGAAAAAUAAAGUCAUAAUUUUGAAGUGCAGCUAUAUGAUGGCUAUUUAUUAUGAUAACGUUUUUUGGCCGAGUCCGCACUGUUCUAAUUACAUUCGAUACAGAGGUUUGGUAUGCAUUCAGAAAGUGAAGUGGUUAGGAAAGGAAGUGGAAGACCCUUUCCAAUUAGUGUGCUUUCCCAUGUUCGCUUUCAUCGCUAAUCAUCCGCAGCAAUUUGAGAGGCUUCACUGUGGGCACUCGUCGGUCUCUCAAUGGGCACACAUGUGCAUAUCGCCCGCGGCGGACAUUUCGGAAAAUGCUUUCUAGUCGUAAUUUGUGUGCCAUUCGUCGUACUAGUGAUUGUUGUAUCUACAGUGUGUAGCUGUUGGAGUGGAGUGGGCACUUAACAUUAGAUUGGCUGCGACUUCCGGCGAGCGAAACGAUCGUUUGAUGAUGAUUGAUGCUGGCCACCGUGCGCAUUUACCCCACAUUCAUGCUCCUAAUCCAACGGAUGUGGACUU